UGCCGUACCGAGAACAACCUUUUCCACACUUUUCUUUACAUUUUAUUUUACCGACCACGAUCGGGCGCAUUCUGCUUUCUUCGCCUCUUUCGGUUAUUAUUCGAAGUUUUCGUGUGUGUUUCGGAGUUUCGUAAAGUGAGUGUGUUUUGUGGACGCGCGCAGCAACGGCCAGGAUCAGUCGUUCGUUUGAGCUCGUUGCGCAUGCAUCGCACUGGAAGCUGAAUCGUGUCGCAGCCUACUAAGGAUUAAGUGAUCAGUGAUCGUAAAUUGGGAACAUUCUCUGAAUGGAAUCGACAAGGAUUAAGUGAUACAAAAACACCGUUUGAAAGUGCAAAGAAUUCGAGAACAAUCGUGAAGAGCGUGCUACUUGGGAGUAGCGCAGCGCAGCAGUUUUGGGAGUGUAAAGACACAGUGAAUUAUGCCAACAUCAAUCAUGCAGAAGAACUACAGCCACUGCCCGCUCAAGAAGCGGCCCGUCUACAUGCACGAGGAACCGGCCAAAAAUGAUGAAUCAGACAUGGAACCAGAGAACCUGAGCACAAAGCCAGAGGAUCUGUCCAUGAAGAAAAAGGCUCGCUCCGAGUCUCCGGUGCCGGUGAUCAUCAAGGCAGAGGACACACUGCCAACGCCACCACCCUCCUCCUCGCCCGAUCCCUGCGAAACCAAGUCUCCCAUUUCCGUGCCCACCCCAAUCUACGGAUCGCACCCGUCGAUCUACUUCCCCACGUCCCGCUCGCCCGCUUCCUCCCCGGCGGAACCACUCCACAACUACUACAAAUCCGCCCCGAACGUGUACUCCGCCUAUCCCCACUUCCCAUACGCCAUGCAGUACCCAACGGAUCUGUACAGCCAGCUGUACCACCACCACAUCUCGCCACCCCGCUCGGAACCGCUGUCCCCGUACGGCCAGCGCGAGAGUUCCGUCUCGCCACCGCAUCCGUACAGCGGCCGCCAGGAGUCGGUCUCACCGCCGACCAUGGUUCCGGCCUACCCCGCGACUGAACUCCGACUCAACCAGAACAACAACAUCAUCAAGUCGGAAUCGUACGCGCGCCAGCACCGCCACAUGCCAUACAGUCUCAGCCAUCAUCACCAGCUCAUGAUGCCUGUAGAUCAUCCCUCGCUAUCGCCCACCUCCAGCCACACCAGCUUCAACUCGUACCUCUCCUCCAACCGCUCGCUGUCCCCGGCCCGCUCGAGUCCUUCGACCGUGUCCGAGGAAAACAACAACACCUCUUCCCCAUCGAUCCUCACCGAAAAGUCAACCUCCAGCUCCAACAUCCAGAAAGUGAAAGGUGAAAAGUCCGGUGACAAGCCCUCCUCCGGAGGAGGUGCCCCCCGCUACCAGUGCCCCGACUGUGGCAAGUCCUACUCCACCUACUCCGGCCUCUCAAAGCACCAGCAGUUCCACUGCCCGGCCGCCGAAGGCAACCAAGCGCAGAAGAUCUUCGUGUGCAAAGAGUGUGACAAGCCGUACAAGACCCUCGGCGCCCUGAAAAUGCACAUCCGCACCCACACCCUGCCCUGCAAGUGCAACCUCUGUGAUAAGGCCUUCUCCCGGCCGUGGCUGCUCCAGGGCCACAUCCGGACGCACACCGGCGAGAAGCCCUUCGUCUGCAAGCUCUGCUCGCGGGCCUUCGCCGACCGGUCCAACCUCCGAGCCCACCAGCAGACCCACGAGGACGUCAAGCGCUUCAAGUGCCCCUCCUGCACCAAGUCCUUCUCCCGCCUGCCCCUCCUCACCAAGCACAACGAAACCGGAUGUCCGGGAAUGGGCGGCUCCAGCUCCGCUUCCGAGUCCCAAGACGAAAAGUUCAUCCCGACGACGGUGCUGCCCCACAACAACAUCGCCGUGUACUAAGUGUCUCGCCCCCGUCAUCAUCAUCCAAUCAACAAAAGACUGAACAAACUCAUUGCCAAGGUGCGAGCGAUCGCGCCACGACUUGGCGACUUGCCGAACCAAGUGAAUUGAACGAGUGCUAUCUUCACAGUGUGAAGUGUAACAGAGAGAGAGCGCGAGUGUACACUGUAAAUAGUUUAUUUAUUCGUCGAGAUAAGUUAAAUCUAUUUUCAAGUUUCUUUCGUCGAGAGUUUCACGUGGACAAAAAUUACCAAAAACAGGUCGAGCAAAUUUGGCGUUUGCUCGAAAAGAAAUUUGUUUUUUAGUUUGUAGCAAGUUUUUAUUUAUUUUACCUUUUAUUAUUUUUUUUCGGAGAGUUACUGCUGGUCGCUUCCCCGCGUGCGGGGAACAAUCAAUUAAUCACACACACACACACUUUUGAAAAACGAAAGUUUCUAAGCUAGUCAGUUUAGCGUAAUUUUUAUUUUCUCUAAUUUCCUCGUGUAAACGAAGCAUUUUUAUUUGUAAAACUUUAGUUUAGCGCGUGUAAUCGGAAAAAAACUCUCUUUUCAAAAAGGAUCUCAGUUGUAUGAAAUUCCUGCGCAGUAGUGUUAGGGUGAAGACCACAACAAAU